AUGGAGAUUAUUGAAGAUGGUGUAUCAGGAUUCCAUAUUGAUCCGUAUCACCCUGAUAAGGCUGCUGAACUUAUGGCUGAUUUUUUCCAGCGGUGCCAGGAGGAUCCCAGCUACUGGGAGAAAAUCUCCCAAGCAGGGCUUCAAAGGAUCCAGGAAAGGUAUACAUGGCAAAUAUAUUCUGAGAGGCUGAUGACAUUAGCUGGAGUUUAUGGUUUCUGGAAGUAUGUUUCGAAACUUGAGAGGCGUGAAACUCGAAGAUAUCUUGAGAUGUUCUACAUUCUCAAGUUCCGUGAUCUGGUGCGCUCUUUGAUCCUCCUCUUCUCUGCCACACAUAAGAAUAUUGAAGUCAAGAAGGCAUGA